AUGGCCAAGGUAGGAGAGACCGACCCGAGGUGGAUUGUGGCCGAGCGGGCUGAUGGCACGAACGUCAACAACUGGCACUGGACCGAAAAGAACUGCAUGCCGUGGGCGAAGGAGCGCAUGCCAGAGCUCUUCGAGGGUGCCAAGAUCAUUGAAAAUGGAGAGGACCUGAUUAAGAUUACCAAGGUUGACACGAUGAACGGCGAAUGCCACAUUAACACUCGCAAGGGCAAGAUUUUCCACUUCUUCGAGUUCGAGAUCAAGCUCAAGUGGAGCGGCACCAUCAAGGGCGACAAGGUGGAGGGCAACUUUGACAUGCCUGAGAUUUCGUUCGAGAACGACAUGGACGAGCACGAGAUCAGGGUGAACGUCACCAAGGCGGCCGAUAAGCACACCAUCAGGCAGCUGGUGGCCAACCAGGGCAUCCCCAAGGUCAGGAAGCUGCUGGAGACCCUCAUCGAGGAGUUCAGGGGCAUGCGUGGGUACCUGCAGGAGGUGAAGGAGGUCAAGCCUUUGACCCAGACCACCGCCGACUCGCCCAAGCCCGCCCCCGCUCCCAGCCACGCUGCCACUACUUCCACCCCCUCGUCGUCGACCACCACGGCCUCGUCCUCUUCGGCGAGUGGUGCCAAGACCACCAAGGUGGAGUUUAACGACAAGUUUGGCGCGCGGCCGAGCGACAUCUACGAGGCCCUGAUGGACCCGCGGCGAGUCGAGGCCUACACGCAGAGCAGCGCCCAGAUGGAGACCAAGGAGGGCGGCAAGUUCGCCCUCUUUGGCGGCAACGUCACCGGCGAGUUUGUCCAGCUCGUCCCCAACGAGAGGAUCGUCCAGAAGUGGAGAACCAGCACUUGGCCCGAGGGCCACUAUUCGACGGUGACGAUCGAGCUGAGCGAGGGCAGGAAGGGCUGUGACAUGAAACUGACGCAGGUGGGCGUCCCCGAAGCUGAAGCAGAGCGCACUCAGCAGGCCUGGCGGGAGAACAUCUUCGAACGCCUCAAGAGGAUGUUCGGCUACGGCAUGGGAUAUUCCCCGUUCUAA